AUGGCUGAGGACACCCCUGCUGUCUCGGCGCCCGCCCCCGACGCUGGUGAGCCGUCUGUCGAGCGCACUCCCACUGAGACCCAGCCUGCUCCCGCCGAGCUUGCGCCCGAGGCUGUCAAGGAGAAGGAGGAACAGCAGACCAAUGGUUCGGAGGAUAAGCCAUCUGGGUGUGAUUAUUCCCAAAGGGCAUUUGCUAAUUCCUAUCGCGUCGGCUUAUCAGAGACCGCGACUGCAGCUGAAGAGAAGAAAGAGACUGCCGAGACUUCGACCGACAAGUCCAGCGCACCCACUGAGACUGCUGAUGCGAAGCAGCCUGAGGAGAGCGCGACCGCGCCUGCAGAGCCCGAGGCUGCCCCAGCGUCGGAGGCCAACGGAACACCCGCAUCGGCUAAGAAGUCUGGCGCCUCGAAGCGGAAAUCGACAGGAGCCGUGCCCGAACACAAAUCCAAACUGAGCCGCAAGAAGUCACAGAUUCGCAUCACACACUUAAAUGCCCAGCCCGGCGAGUAUUUUCUUGCGCGUCUCAGGAGCUUCCCUCCAUGGCCCUCUAUCAUCUGCGACGAGGAAAUGCUUCCUCAGACCCUCUUGAACACGCGUCCAGUAACGGCCCAGCGCCCCGACGGAACCUACAGAGAGGAUUACGCAGAUGGCGGCAAACGCGCCCACGAGCGCACCUUCCCCGUGAUGUUCUUCGAGACCAACGAAUUCGCGUGGAUUCCUAACACAGAUCUGAGCCCCAUCGAUGCUACUGGUUGCAAGGAGGUACCGGAGAAGGGCAAGUCGAAGACCCUUCUGUCUGCAUAUGCCGUGGGAGCCGAAGGCCAUGAUCUCCAGUACUUCAAGAACCUUCUGGCAGACCACCAGCGCGCUCUGGAACAGGAGACGGAAGAGAGGGAGGCCCAGGCAGCUGCCAAGGCGGCCGCCAAGGAGGCCCGGGAGGCCAAGAAGAACAAGCGCAAGAGCAUGGAGGUGGUCGAUGACGACGAUGUCGACAUGGAGGAUGCCGACGAAGACACAAAGAAGCCCAAGAACACCAAGAAGCGCAAGAAGGACACUGAUGCCGAUGGCCAGGCCGAUGAGAAGCCUGCGAAGACCCCCAAGACGACUACCAAGUUGAAGCUGACAACCCCCAAGACUCCGGCCAGUGAAGUCGGGAAGAAGAACCCUGCAUCCGGCAAGGCUAAGCAGACGGCCAGCAGCAAGAAGGCCGGCAAGGCUGCUGCCAGUGAUGAGGGCGAAGAUUCUCGUGCGGAAUCAAAGGAGCCCGAGAAGAAGGUCAGCCAAGAGGAGGCGAAGGAAAAGAAAGAGAAAGAGAUUCUCUUCGUGCGCCACAAGCUCCAGAAGGGGUUUAUCUCUCGUGACCAGCCCCCCAAAGAAGAAGAAAUGACCGCCAUGUCCAACUUCUUCAGCAAACUUGAGAAGCAUGCUGACCUGGAAGUCUCCAUUAUCCGUGCCACGAAGAUCAACAAGGUCCUGAAGAUGAUUGUCAAGCUCAGUUCUAUUCCCCGAGAUGAGGAAUUCCAAUUCCGGCAACGUGCUGUGAACAUUCUGUCUAAGUGGAAGACCUUGCUCGAUGCGGAUGCCACCGGUCCAUCGGACGAUAAGGACAAGGAGGACAAGCCCAAGGCCAACGGUGUCCACAAGGAGAGCAGCGUCGAGACGCCGGCCAAGGUUGAUACCGAGAACGAGAAAGAGGAUGAGACCAAGGAGAGCAAGGCAGACACCGCGGAGCCUCAGGAUGAGCCGAUGCCUGAUGCUGAUGCGACAGAGAAGUCGGAAGCCCCAGAGCCGACCAAGGAGGAGGCCGAGAAGGCAACCCCCAAGUCUGAAGAGGCUACGACAGAGAAGGUCGCGGAGGAGAAGCCUGCCGAAGAGAAGACGGCCCAGGAGAAACCUGAGAAGGCAGAGGAGAAGUCGACGGAGACGGCAGCAUAA